UCUCCUGCGCCAGAGCAGCAUUCACCAGGUACGGUGAGAUGGAGGCCCUCUUCUUCAAUGUAGACAACGGCUUCCUCGAGGGGAUUGUCCGCGGCUAUAAGGCCGGUCUCCUUACCCAGAACCAGUACAGCAACCUCACGCAAUGCGAGACCAUUGAGGACUUCAGGACCCAACUCUCUGCUACGGACUAUGGCAACUUCCUCGCGAACGAGUCGCUGCCCAUCUCGACGUCGACCAUCGCCGACAAGGCAACACAGGUGCUCGUCGAUCAGUUCAACUUCCUCCGUAGCAAUGCUGUCGCCCCACUCUCCAAGUUCUUCGACUAUAUCACGUAUGCGUACAUGAUUGACAACGUCAUCCUGCUCAUCACCGGCACGCUGCAUGAGCGCAAUACCCAAGAGCUGCUGGAGCGUUGUCACCCAUUGGGAGUAUUCGAGACUCUACCUGCGCUCUGUGUCGCCACGAACGUGGAGGAACUCUACCGCACCGCCCUCGUCGAGACGCCUCUCGCACCCUACUUCCGCGAGUGCUUCAGCGCUUCAGACCUCGAUGAUCUCAACAUCGAGAUCAUCCGCAACACGCUCUACAAGGCCUAUCUCGAGGACUUCUAUGAAUUCUGCGGCACCCUCGGCGGGCCAACCGCAGAGGUGAUGCAACGCAUCCUCGCCUUCGAGGCGGACCGCCGCAGCAUAAACAUCGCCAUCAACUCCUUCGGCACUGAGCUCUCGAAGGAGCGUCGCGCCGAGCUCUUCCCGUCCAUCGGCCGCCUCUUCCCUGCGGGCAACAACGCACUCGCGCGCGCAGACGACGUCGAGCAGGUCCGGCAAGCGUGUGAGGGCGUCGCGGAGUACCGCGCGUUCUUCGAGAGCGGUCCCGGGUCAAGGGGGCGCGCACAGAACGGGAACGACAGCCAGGCGUACCUCCUGGACGACAAUGCGGACGGGCUGGGCGACUCGAGCGGCGCGGCGGAGCUGGAGGACCGCUUCUUCGCGCACGAGGUGCACCUGAACAAGCUCGCGUUCCUGCAGCAGUUCCAGUACGGUGUGUUCUACGCGUACUUGAAGCUGAAGGAGCAGGAGAUCCGGAGUUUGACGUGGAUUGCGGAGUGCAUCGCGCAGGAUGCGAGGGACAGGAUACAGGACUACAUUCCUACGUUCUAGGGACCGGUUGUCACAGUCGUAGACCGAUGAACUAUCAUUGGCUUUUGGCUACUGUUGGAGACAUCCCAGCUCGCGCAGUGAGCGUAUGCCAACCGAAGUACUGACGAAAGCAACGAAAGAGAAACGCGGUCUCGACGAUACACCGGACCGGGAAUCGAACCCCGAGCGU